AUGGGCGACAAUGCGUCGCAAAGUACAGGAUCGUCCGUUGCUACUAAAGCUUCGCACUCUUUGACAGUCAAACUUGAUGAGCAGAAGAAGCCAUCGUUUGUUUUUCUGAGCUUGAAACGCAAGCGCACAGAUGAACCGAUGAAUUGUUUAGUGGUGCAGAGCGAGCCAGAUUCGAAGCGCUACAAGACAGAUCUCCUUGAAGCAUUUGCACAGCUAUCAACUGGCAAAAAGCGCUUUGUGUUCAAGCAUAUUGACACAAUGGAAGAAUCUGUAGCUUCUGGUCAUGCAAAAUGGACACAGCGACUCAAACGCAAAGCUCGUACGCUCAAGGAGGAGCAUGCUAACAUGAUGGCUAAAAAGCAUCAAAUUUCUGUGUUUCAGAAAGAGUUUGGAGCUUCAAAACAGACAGAGAAGCGUGUUAAACAGCAGCAAUGUCGCUCAAAGGCGCGAAGAAAUGAGAAUGUUUUUCAAUCUAGAGGCUUAAACGCUUUCGUGGAGAUCAAAGAGACGCAGAAGAUAGAGUUGGGUGGUAUUCGAUUGGUUGAUCUACAAAUGUCGAGUGAUUCGAAUCCGAACAUCGAGGUGGGGGUUGAGAAAAAUGGAACUAAGAGUAAUGCCGAUCUUGUCACUAUCAAUGGUGUCACGUUGAAACCGACGAGGGUGCUGAAUCCGUACGAGCGUGAGCUUGAUGAGGCGAUCUGGGCUGCAUUUCGAACGAAUGAUUUUGCACCGUUUUUUCGGAUUUAUCAUGCACAGCAGUCAGAACAACGUGCAAUUCCGACAACUUUUCAAAGACCAGUAGAUGGAAGUACAAUCUUAAUGGCCGCGGCAUUGCACGGACGUAAUGAUGUGAUCGAAGUACUGCUACGUUCUGGUAACUUGAGCAUUCUUCAACAAGAUUGGGAAGGGGCAACUGCAGCUAUGUUUGCGGAACGUGGAGGUCAUUUGAAUGUAGCAACAGCACUGCGCGCUUGUGAAGAAGCAGAAAGAGAAAAGGAUUACGUCUACGACGUCUACUGUGUUGAUCUUGAAGCGACUGAGAAACAGGACCCGUUACAAGACUCUUCAACCGAUUUAGCAGAUAUUAGCAAACAAAUAGGUGUUAAUAGUGCGCCAAUUGUGAAUGUAAGCUCAGAGGUACACCACUGGCUUUCAAGGGAUACGCCUAGUGAUGAAGUGGAGGAAUAUGUGCUGGAAUCCGACCUUGAUAGCAGUGAAGAUGACGGAUUGAGCGAAGACUCAAAUGGUGAGGACAAUGCUGCAAACGACUACCCAGAUGAAGAGUUAUCAGACGAGUCGGACGAGUCUCUAGCGGACAGCGAUGACCUUGACGAGAUCAGGGCGAGGCGUCGAUGGCAACCUAAUGAUGACGACGACUCUGAGCCGGAUAAUUUUGAGUUUCAAUAG